AUGUCGAAGCUGGCAAUCGUCUUGUUGGCUUAUGCCCAGCUUACAUCCGGCUACUGUGUACCUGCAGGAGAGCUUGAGAAGAGAUCAAAUGUCCAGAAUGCGCGAGCAAUAACCUUUUCCACGGAUCUACAACCCACAACCAGUUACAGCAGGGCUAUAAAAACGUUGCAGUCGGUAUCACCAACAAUAGUUCCAUCAAUCACAGGAAGCAUUUUGACCGGAUUCCCACCGGGCGGAUUCACACGAGACCCUAUCGCGGGGCCUGGUGCCACCCAGGCAAGCGAGCUUUUAUGUCCAAAGGAAACGCCGCUUGCUCCUGGCCCGACAGCACCAUUAGGGCAACCUUCAUUGGACAUUUUCCAGCCUAUAGCAACGGGAGGGCCAGCACCUGAUAUUGAAUUCGUGGGUGGCCACGUUGUUCAGAAGAAUCAUAUCGUCGAUGGAGACGUACCAAUCCAAACAAACAAAUUCUAUGCCAACCUCUUCCUUGGUAGCCAGGGAUUUCCGGUUUGGACGCAUCCUUAUUCUCUAUCUUGGGCUAAAGGUGUUGGAAAUACAUAUGGCAUGGCGAUCAGUCACGUAGAGCGAGACAAGCUUUCUUUCGGCGGUGGUCCUAGUAACGAUAAGCCGAGAUACUUCAUCGCACCAAUUGGCAUUCAUGACAUUGUACUUUCUGCCGCCGAACUUGGCAGAGAUACAUAUCUCUCCGUUGAAGGCCUAAAAGCUUUCUCUGCCUAUGCGAACUUGGCCGCCUCUCAGACGUCUCGCGUCCUCAUGUCCAUUCCUUGUGUUCAGGGUAUGGGCUUUGUGACAGCCAUCUAUGAUAGAGCAAGGCCAAUUCUGAAUACCGGGGUUUUAUUCCGCACGUUGGACUACGUCAAGCCUGUUACUGGCGCCAGCGUCGGCACACAUAAAUACCGAAUUCAGCUCAACGACGGCACACAAUGGCUCCUCUACGCCACGCCAACUACUGCUCAGGGUGUCCCACCGUUCACCCUUAUCAAUAGCACCACUAUUACUGGACCGGCUUCAUUUGUGGGAAUGAUCCAGAUCACCAAGAAUCCAGAAGGUGCCGAUGGAGAGUCGGUAUUUGACGCAAGUGCUGGCGCAUACGCUAUCGGUGCCUCAAUUUCUGGCUCUGUUGAUGGACCUUCAGGAAGCUACUCGCUUACCUGGGCGAAGGGUGGUGUGCAGAGCCAGACUUUGCUCAUGUAUGCGCUACCACAUCAUGUGGAAUCAUUCGACCAAGAAACCAAGGCGGCUAUGAGGAAUAUCAGGCUUGUCACCAUCACCAAGGGGUAUGCCCGAGCAGUGCAAGCUGACAAGAUCACCAUGCUCGAAAACGAUCUUCCUGACACAAUCGGUUUUGCUCCUUGGGCCAAGGCUGCCAAUGGCGCCGCUGGCGGUUCAGAAAAUAUCAAUCUAAAUUCCGGAGCUCUUGCACUCAUCAAUCAAGCCGGUAUAGCUGAGCUGAGCCAGAACAUGGACAAGCAAACUAGACUGAAUAGUAUGUACUAUUCUGGGAAAGGCCUUGCGAAGUUCGCUGCUAUUAUAUACACGCUGAACAGUAUGACCGGCAACAGUCAGUACGCAGCAGCUGGGCUUGAGAAGCUCAAGGAUGCUUUGAACGUUUUUGUCAACAACACUCAACCUGAACCGCUUUACUAUGACACCGUUUGGAAGGGCGUCGUUUCAAGUGCGACGUACAGACCGCCAUUUGACACCGGCCUUGACUUCGGUAACACCCUGUAUAACGACCAUCACUUCCACUACGGCUACUUCGUCUGGACUGCCGCGGUGAUUGGACAUCUUGAUCCUACUUGGCUCGAAGAAGGCAUCAACAAAGCCUGGGUCAACACCUUAGUCCGAGACUUCGCGAACCCGGUUACUGAUGAUUACUUUCCGUUCUCGCGCUCGUUUGACUGGUUCCACGGGCACUCCUGGGCCAAGGGUCUGUUCGAGUCCGGCGACGGCAAGGAUCAGGAGUCGACUUCCGAGGACGCUUUCGCUACAUACGCCCUCAAGAUGUGGGGUAAGAUUAUUCGCGACCCGAAUAUGGAAGCUCGUGGCAACCUUCAACUUGCUGUCCAAGCGCGCAGUAUGAAGAACUACUUCCUUCUCACGUCCGACAACAAGAACCAACCGCCACAGUUCUUACAAAAUAAGGUUACUGGCAUUCUCUUCGAGAACAAGAUCGACCACACGACAUACUUUGGCGCGAACACAGAGUACAUUCAAGGCAUCCACAUGAUCCCUCUCAAUCCCUCCUCAGCCUACACCCGUUCUCAACGGUUUGUGCAAGAAGAGUGGGACAGGUACUUUAGCAACGGCCGCGCUGACCAGGCCCAGGGCGGCUGGAAGUCUAUUAUAUACGCUAAUCUUGCGUUGAUCGAUCCGCAGACGAGCUAUGAUUUCUUCGCAGAUCCCAACUUCAACGCGGACCUAGACGGAGGGGCUAGUCGGACUUGGUACCUUGCCUAUGCGGCCUCGAUGCUG